AUGUCGCUGCUCGCUGCGAUCGUGGCGAACGACCUGUCCGGCUCAGUUCGAAGCUUGUACUUGUUCGUGCUGCCGCUGUAUGUCAUGGCGGUGGUGUCCUCGGCCCUGUUCGGGUUUACGACCGCGGUGGCGCUAUGGUGCAUUUACACUCUCGUAAACCGAGGCUUCAAGGAGCGAUCGAUUCAGAUCCUCCUUCUCACCACCUGCGCACUGUACGGAUCGACACUUGGGUUCUUCGUCUGCGCGACUGUCUACGUCUUCAUGGUCAACCACCUCGACUUCGCGGUCACGAACGACCUCGUCCGCUGCAACCCGUUCCAGAGCACAUGCGCUAACUCGCCCAACCAUUCCGACCUCUCCAGCAUCGUGUACAAGAUGGGGCUCGCGAUGACCGCGACGCUCAUGAUCAAUAUCACGAUCAGCGACUGCAUCGUCUGGUGGCGCGCGCUCGCCGUCUGGGGGUACAACCGCAUCGUGCUCGCCGUCGGCGCCGUCCUCAUCGUCUCCACCUUCGCGCUCGCGGUCACCAGCACCGCGCACUCGACCCCCGUCCUCCUGAAGGCGGGGCAGGUGGAGACGUACGUGCAGUACACGACGUUCUUCGUGGGCGACACCGCGGGGCUCGCCGCCGUCGUCCUCUCGCUGGUGACGAACGUGCUCGCGACGGCGCUGCUCUCGUAUAAGGCGUGGGAGCACUGGCUGCUCGUGAAGGACUACAUGGCGGAGAUGUACUCGACGCAGAGCGCGCUCGGGGCGCUGAUGCUACUGGUGGAAUCCGGGGGCGCGUACUGCAUCGUCUGGAUGCUGAUCGUCAUCGUGUACGGCGCGCUGCACGCGCGCGCGACGGAGCUCACCCCCAGCGCCGUCAGCGCGAUCUACAUCCUGCUCUUCUUCGUGCAGUCGAGCCUCGUGCCCGUAAUCGCGCUGUAUCCGAUGGUCUUGAUCAUCAUCUUCGCCAUCCGACGGUCGGCGGUCGACAAGCGUAAGCACCUCGUACGAGACGUCUGUCAGCUGAACCCGACGCGAGGCCGCGAGGACGUGCUGGCGCUCCGGUCGUGUUUCCUCGAGACUGACACCCGGUGCUCCGAGGCCAGUACUCACACUACCGAGGAACGCCGCACGACCCAGUUGAAAAGUCAAGCGGCAGGGCCCGCCCUAUCUUCUACGCUUUUUGGCGCCGCGACCGUCAUCACUGUGAUGGCGAUUUAUACGCUGCUUCGACGCGGCUUUCAGAACCGUCCGGUCAAAAUCCUUCUCGCGGCGACGUCCUUGCUGUACACCUCUACGUGCAUCCACUUCGUCUGCUGGAUCAGCGCACUGUUUCAAAGCAGCCACUAUAUUGUGCCCCGGAUCAACUUCUCAGGACCGUCUCCAGACUCACAAGAUGCGGGCGAAUUUCCCGCAUCUAUGAACGCCAUGUUUGUGGCCACUAUUGCUUCGCUAGCCGUCAAUAUGACGGUCAGCGACUCCAUCGUCUGGUGGAGGGUUCUCGCCGUCUGGGACUACCAGAGGCCAGUGUGGGCCGUCGGCGCUGUCUUGGUCGUCGCUACCUUUGUCACCGGACUCCUCUCAACCACACAUAGUAUCGUGACGACGUGCGGCGACAUCGUUCAGCCCAUCGUUAUCGGGUUUAUUUCCGGGACAGCCGCCGUCUUCUUGACGAUGGCGACGAACCUGGCAGCCACGUCGCUCAUCGCGUUCAAAGCUUGGCAACAUCGUGCGUUCGUCAGCCACCUCAUCGCCGGCACGGGCGGACGUUCGCGUGCGCUCGGCGCGCUCAUGCUGCUCGCCGAGUGCGGGGUCGUGUACAGCGCGCUGUGGCUCUCCAUCGGCGUCGUCUACGCGAUCCUGCUCGCGCAGGUCUCGGCCGGGGUCGACUUUUUUUCUCCGAGCCGGUCCGCGCCGCUCUACUUCUCGACCAACGUCUUCGUCCAGUCUUGCCUCCCUCCUCUCGUGGCCAUGUAUCCGAUGUCGAUCGUGGUCCUCUUCACGAUGAAGCGCUCGGUGCUCGAACAGGCCGGAGACCACGCGUCCAUGAGGCUGAACAGCAUCAGCUCGGAGUACGGGAUAAACCCCGCGAAGAGCGAACUCAGGGCCGCAGAAACAGGGAGGAUCUCAGCGACAGAGGACGCGUCGUUGCCGCAAACGCGCAUCGGUUCGGUCUCGGACAAAGCGUCGUCAUAUUCCAAUCCUUGCUAA